AUGAAAAAAAAUUCUGUUCUUAAUGCCAUUAAAGUUGAUCCUGAUGGCAUUCCUAUAGUCUCUGAUGGAAAAACUAUUCCAGAUGCUGUUAAUCAAUUAAUCUUCACCAUUAUCCAACAUUUCAUUGGUGAUCCAUCCUUAUGGAAAGAUCGUUCUGCUGAACUCCUAUCCAAUCUUAAAUGUAGAACCUUAGGUGACUUUCGCUGGUAUAAAGAUACCUUCCUAACUAGGGUUUACACUCGAGAUGAUAGUCAACAACCUUUCUGGAAAGAAAAAUUCUUAGCUGGUCUUCCAAAAUCUUUAGGAGACAAAGUUAGGGAUAAAAUCCGUCAUCAAUCUCUAACUGGAGAUAUCCCUUAUGAGCAAUUAAGUUAUGGACAAUUAGUUGCUUAUAUCCAAAAGGUAGCUUUAAAAAUCUGUCAAGAUGAUAAAAUCCAACGUCAACUUGCAAAAGAAAAAACUCAAAAUCGUAAAGAUCUAGGAUCAUUUUGUGAACAAUUUGGUCUGCCUUGUACUACAAAACCUAAAAAACAUAAAAAACAGGAACAAAAACAGGUUAAAACUUUUAGGAAUUUUCGUAAGAAACCCAACUACAACAAAAGGCUUAAGAAAAAACUAAAUAACCUAAACCUUGAUCCUUCUAUUGAAGAACAAAUCAAUAAUCUUCUAAUCCAGUCCUCGGAUGAAGAAUCUGGAAAAGAAUCCUCAGAAGAUUUAAACCAAAUUCAUGAAGAUGAUCUAUCUUCUAGUGAGGACUCACAAUCCUCGCAAGAAAUUAAUGUCUUGACUAAAGAACAAGAUCUUUUGUUCGAGGUCAUAGAUUCAAUCAGUAAUUUUGACCUUGAAAUUGAAGCUCUGUUUGACACAGGGGCAGAUUCAAACUGCAUUCAAGAAGGUCUAAUUCCUACUAAAUAUUUUGAAAAGACUUCUGAACGGCUUAGUACUGCUAGUGGUUCAAAACUUCAGGUUAAUUAUAAACUUCCGAAAGCAAUCAUUGAAAGUGAUAAUUUAAAAGUUGAAACACCGUUUCUCCUUGUUAAAAACCUAAAAAAUGGAGUUAUUCUUGGAACUCCGUUCAUCAAAUCUCUUUUUCCUCUAACUAUCACAGAUGAGGAAAUUGCUGAUCUCAUUGCUAAAGGUCUCAUCAGGAAAAGCAAGAGUCCUUGGUCUUGUUCUGCCUUCUAUGUCAAUAAGCAAUCUGAAAUUGAGCGUGGAACUCCACGGUUAGUUACCAAUUACAAACCUCUUAAUCAAGCUCUUCAAUGGAUUCGGUAUCCGAUUCCAAAUAAGAAAGAUCUUCUCAAUCGUUUGUAUUCGGCAAAAAUCUUUUCUAAAUUUGACAUGAAAUCUGGGUUUUGGCAAAUCCAGCUCAAUGACAAUGAAUGUUACAAGACAGCUUUUACUGUUCCAUUUGGUCAAUACGAAUGGAAGGUAAUGCCUUUUGGACUGAAGAAUGCUCCCUCUGAAUUUCAGAGAAUCAUGAAUGAUAUCUUCAAUCCAUACUCAACUUUCACUAUUGUCUACAUUGAUGAUGUUCUUGUCUUUUCUCAAUCUAUUGAUCAACAUUUUAAACAUCUUCAUAUUUUUGUAGAU